AUGUGACGUUACGCCCGUUGACUUAGUCUUGUCAUCAUCAACUCCUAUUAAUAUUCGAUUCUCGACUUAUGCUCGAAGGAACACUUUACUCAUAGUCAUAAUCAUACUUCUAAGCAUACUUACAAUCAUAUUUCAAAGUAUACUUACCAUUUCUGUGACUCUCCCGGAGUCUUCUGACUCUUAAUUGACUCUCUUAAUAUCACGUGAUAACACAUCACAUGCACAAUCACGUGAAAUGAAAUAAUGAAAAAAUUAUAACACACUUUUAUCUGAUUAAUCAGCUACCAUCAUCACAAUUACUAUUACUAAAACCACAAUCACCACUACCAAAAAUGCCAGUAACUGAAAUCGAGUCUGAAGCUCAGUUCACCGAACUAACCAAGGCUGAUGCAUCCAAGUUAAUAGUCCUCUAUUUCCAUACAUCCUGGGCUCAACCAUGUCAAACAAUGAAUCAAAUCUUUAAGACAGUGGCAGACUCUAAGGCUUCAGACACUUCUAUCUCUUUCCUCAGUAUUAAUGCUGAUGAAUUAUCAGAAAUUAGUGAAUUAUUUGAAGUCAGUGCUGUUCCAUAUAUCAUUCUUAUUCGUAACUCGGUCAUACUUAAAGAAUUGUCGGGUGCUGAUCCAAAGGAAUUUAUAAACUCAUUAAAUCAAUUUUCAUCUUCAUCUUCAGCUACAUCUACAAAUCCAACAGCUAUACCUCCAGUAGCUUCUAACGGAAUACAGAAAACAAAUGGUGCAGCACCAGUUCAAGAAGAAGAAUCAGAAGAAGCUCUUCAAGAAAGAUUAAAGAAACUUACUACCGCGGCUCCAAUCAUGUUAUUCAUGAAAGGAUCUCCUUCAUCUCCUCAAUGUGGAUUUUCUCGUCAAUUAGUGGCUAUCUUAAGAGAACAUCAAGUCAGAUUCGGAUUCUUUGAUAUCUUAAAGGAUGACUCUGUUAGACAGGGAUUAAAGAAAUUUAGUGAUUGGCCAACCUUCCCACAAUUAUAUGUUAAUGGAGAAUUCCAAGGUGGUUUGGAUAUUGUAAAGGAAAGUAUCGAAGAAGAUGACCAAUUCUUUGAAAAGGCUCUUCAAGCGGUUUAAUUUAUUUGUAUCUAUAUAUCGGU